AUGUCUGCAGCUCAACCAGCUGUUGAGCUGUCUCAGACUAGCUCUACGGCUGAGGAGAGAAACGCUACCGACAGGGCAAUAUGCAUGGUGGUUUGUGCGUCCUCGGUUCUCUCCUCACACCUUACAAUACACUGGUUCAAUUCACCUUGUUUGGAUCUCAAUACCUUGGUGACUCGCCUACCUUAUGACCCCUGCUCAGCUCAUGCGAGAUUAUCUGUAGACAUGAAAAGAUCACACCUGGGCUACCCUAAGAGCUCUCUGGCGCCUAGAUACGGGCAGCCUUAUGAGCACGAAAUUUGCUACCGUGCUCAUGGAAUUGUGCUUCUGAAACUUCCGGCCCAUCUAGCAAUCAAUCCAGUUCCUCAUGCCUCUGGUGCUACUCCUAGCUUCACACUAGACUUCCUUCAGCAAGACGCUGGUGGCUGCAUCCUAGAGCUUAUGACGUGCUGGGAAAGAAACCAGCCGCCCUACAUUGUCAUCUUACUAUUUAAACCCUUCUAUCUUGUAAUACACCAAUUGAAUAUUCGAUUCUUCGCUAACCCGAAGGCUGCAACCUUUGCAGGCAAUCUUGCAUGCCCCACACUAUCUGCAAUCCUACUCCCCUUUCUUGAGAUGUCCAGAUGGCCGAUAGAUUCAAGGACCUUUGUAUUGUUUGCUCCUCGAUAUGCUAACAAUAUUCUAGACCUAGCAAACAGUACAUCCUAUGGCUAUUCCAACGUCCAACCUCACACUGAAACCUAG